ACUGAUCCCUGGGUUGUGUGUUCUUGCAGGGGUUGAUGGGCUUGAUCUUCCUGUGUGUGGAGGACGUGUUCCAGCUCAUCAACUACUUCAGCUUCAGCUACUGGCUCUACGUGGGCCUGUCUGUGGCCGGCCUCAUCUAUCUGCGCUUCACUCAGCCAGACAGACACAGACCCGUUAAGCUCUCCCUGUUCUUUCCCUUCGUUUACUGCCUGUGCAGUCUGUUCCUGGUCAUCGUCCCUCUAUACGGAGACGCCCUGUCUGGAGUGCCUGUCUACUACGUGGCCAUAUACCUGCCUGAAGACAGGAGGCCCAAGUUUAUAGGCAGACUAAAUGGUAAGGAUCAGAGCUAGAGACACACAGACACAGGGCUGG